AUGCCGCCAAACGCCGUUUCAGCUCCUCAGGCGAUCUCCGAAUCGUUGAUAAAUGCGUCGUCCGAAACCAAUCAGAAUCCGAAAAGACUGCAUGAAGCUACUACAGGUGUUUUAUUUGAAUACGAUGCCGAAACCAUUGAUGGUGGCCUUGUGAAAGACAUCGAAAGGUUAAAAAAGGCGGAAAAACGUAAACUGAAACUUGUUUGGCGUAAUAUCAUAGCUUUCGGUUAUUUGCAUGUGGCAGCAUUAUAUGGUGCUUAUCUCAUGUUCACUUCGGCCAAAUGGCAAACAAUGGUGUUCGCGUUUGCUAUGUAUGUGGUAUCCGGUUUGGGCAUCACAGCCGGAGCACAUAGAUUAUGGGCGCAUCGUUCAUAUAAAGCAAAAUGGCCUUUGCGCGUAUUGUUAGUUAUCUUCAAUACGGUCGCUUUUCAGGAUGCCGCCUAUCAUUGGGCUCGAGAUCAUCGCGUGCAUCACAAAUACUCAGAAACCGAUGCUGAUCCCCAUAAUGCUACGCGCGGGUUCUUCUUCUCUCACAUUGGUUGGUUGCUGUGCAAAAAACAUCCUGAAGUAAAGGCCAAAGGCAAAGGUGUCGAUUUAUCUGACCUAAGAGCAGAUCCCGUUGUAAUGUUUCAAAAAAAAUAUUACAUGAUUUUGAUGCCCUUGUUAUGUUUCGUUUUGCCCACUUUGGUGCCCAUGUACUAUUGGAAUGAAAGUUUUAUGAAUUCGUGGUUUGUAGCGACAAUGUUUCGUUGGUGUUUCAUAUUGAAUGUUACGUGGUUGGUGAAUAGCGCGGCCCAUAAAUUUGGUGGUAAACCGUAUGAUAAAAAUAUUAGCCCAGCUGAAAAUAAAUCUGUGGCCAUUUUUGCUUUUGGCGAAGGCUGGCAUAACUACCAUCAUGUAUUCCCCUGGGAUUAUAAGACAGCAGAAUUUGGAAAAUACUCUAUGAACUUUACUACAGCUUUUAUUGACUUUUUCGCUAAAAUUGGUUGGGCUUACGAUUUGAAAACUGUUUCAGCCGAUAUUAUUAAGCAAAGAGUAAAGCGUACCGGUGAUGGAUCCCAUCAUACUUGGGGUUGGGGCGAUAAGGAUCAACCUAAAGAAGAAAUUGAAAAUGCUGUUAGAAUCAAUAAGAAGGAUGACUAAAAAACGCUAUAACAAUUAAAGGAAAUGUCAUUGCAAUUGCAGAGUAAUCAGGGAGAAAAAAAGGCGAAAGUGUGUGCAGUGCUGAAAUACAAACAAACGUUUUGGUAAUAAAUUAUCUCAUCCUCUUACCUCAUCGACGGUAGCAGUAGCGGAGUACUACAGCAGCUUGAUCUCAACUUAGAUGGAAAUAUUUUGAUUUGAUGGUUUCCGUGAUUACCUAUCUACCUAAACAUAUGUACGCGCGUACACUUUUGCCUUCAAACUAUUUGUUAUGCUUAUACAUAUAUAUUUUCUAAAAUCAAACAGAAGUUAUUCUACACCUACUCAUACACACAUACACAUUUAUAGCACAUGUACAAAAAAAUACUUGUUUGGCUUGGCCGCGUUUCAAACGCAAUCACAACAAACAUUUCAUAUUUAAAUAAAAAUCUCGGGUAUCGAGUAGAAAAAAUACCAAACAACCAAACAAA